AUGACCGGUCACCUUACUCCCCGACCAACCCUUAUGAGAUCCCUGAAGAACGGGAACCAGGAGACGCAGUUGAGUUCCGAGUUGCGCAGCUUCCUGACACACGAGUACUUGGAGAUUAUCAGGGCGUUACUGCGGUCCGACGAGUUAACGGACGCGCAUUUAAAGAACGAGCAACGGCCGUGCGUCGAACGUGGGCGAGGCGUUGUAACAAGCUUCUCUUCAGCUCGCGGCGGAGCAGGUUAUGUGCUGAGCAAAGAAACACUACGCCGGAUUGGCGCGAAAGGGAAUGACGAAACAAUCUGCAGGCAAGAUGGCGGCGCGGAGGAUGCGGAAUUCGGGAAGUGUAUGGAAACUCUGGGCGUAAAAGUUGGUAAUUCUACCAAUAAACUAGGGCGCAAUAGAUUCCACUGCUUUGAUCCCGACACCCAUCUCAUGGGCGGUUAUUCGGACUGGUACUACCAGAAGCUCAGAGUACGCCCCGCAAACCACAAGCAUGCGCACAAUAGUUGCCUUUUCUGGUUUUGCACAUUGGUGAUCAAUGCUGCUAAUACAGCUAAUCUGGCGGCGUUCCUCACAUUACAGCAAAUAGACGAUCGUAUUAAGUCAGUAGACCAUCUUGCACGGCAGACGAAGGUCAUGUAUGGAGUUUUGAACAAUAGUGAUCUUAUGCAGUUCUUCGAAAAUUCAAGAGACGACCCUUACGAGAGAAUGUGGGCUUUUAUGAAACUUAACGAGGAUGUGUCUAUUCUGUCUGAAAGAACGGUUGGGGUCAGCUUUGUGCUGGAGAAGGAUAAUUAUGCCUACCUAGACGACGGUGUGAUUAAUGACUAUAAUGCAAAACACUGUAAACUGGAGUCAAUCCAACAAAACUUCGGUGUAAAGCAUUUUGGAAUGGGAUUUCCAAAGGGUGCCCCCUAUCUCGGCGACAUCAACCUUGCUUUACUGAAGCUCAAAGAACAUCGAAUUCUGGAUUCGCUUCGGAAGAAGUGGUGGUCUGCAGAAUCCAAUUGUUCACCGAGGCAACUAAGACAAAAGUCAACGGCUUCCGAACUUAAUAUAUCAAAUAUGUUCGGUGUAUUUAUUGUUCUUAUUGGCUUCACUGUUCUUGCAAGUUUUACAAUAGCGAGAGUGAGAGUGGCAGUGAAGGGAGGCAGAGAGCGAGAAUGA